AUGGUGUAUACAUCUACUCUCCUCUCCUUACUUGCCCUGUCCACGGGGACGUGGGCAAGUUACAAUGCGAACUUGAACUAUCGCAGCCCUUCGACCCGCCACACAGGCAUGGGAAUAAACAUCGACUCCGUCCAUCGUCGCAGUCUCGCAAAACGUGAUGAAGCCCCCUUCAAUCCCUCUCAGUUAAACUUCACCCAUGGUGUAGCAUCAGGUGACCCCUACGCGGACAGUGUGAUCCUCUGGACUCGUGUCGCUCCCUCCCUGGAGGCUGACAGAAGCAAUGUGACUGUGUCGGGGACCGUGGGGUUGUACAACCAUGAUACCGAACCGUAUAUCAAGGCCUCGGCGCACCCUAUCUGUGUCGACUAUCGGGUGUAUGAGGAUAAAGAGGGCCGAAGAGUGGUCGAUAAAGGGAGGGCUUAUACUACCAGUGACAUUGACUAUACUCUAAAGGUAGAAGCUAGUGGACUCAAGCCGUUCACGACGUACUGGUACCAAUUCCAAGUUUGCAACUCGAAUGUCACCAGUCCGCUUGGAAGGACCAAGACUGCCCCGGGCGCCGAUGAUGCUACCGAGGAAAUUAACCUGGCUGUUUAUUCUUGCAGUAACUACCCGAAUGGAUAUUUCAACGCAUAUGGAAAUGCCGUCCGGAAGGACAGCGUCGACUAUGUACUCCAUCUUGGAGAUUAUAUUUAUGAAACUAAGAAGGGUGUAGUCGGACGGGAUGAGCGAGCUGUCCGUCCGGAGCGAGAGAUCUUCUCUCUCUACGAUUAUCGGACUCGGCUUGGGCAUUAUCGCACUGAUCUCGACCUUGCCGCGUCCCAUCAGAACUUCGCUUGGAUUCCUGUCUGGGAUGACCACGAAAUCGCCGACAACGGAUACAGAGACGGCUUUAGCCAUCUCAACAACACAGAAGAAUCCUUCCGCAAUGACAGCCCUCAAAUCAGCGUCGACCAGCGCAAGAUGAACGCCGUCCGGGCGUAUUUCGAAUGGAUGCCUCUUCGUCAAGUCGACAUGGACGAUGGCCUCCGCAUUUGGCGCUCUUUCAAAAUGGGAAACCUUUUUGAUCUGAUCAUGUUGGAUACUCGUAAUUACGAUCGCAGCAUUACUGACCUUUCUAACCUGUCAGAUUGGAAUACGGACUAUAUCGAAGAGAUCCACAACGACGCCGGUCGGACCUUGAUGGGAGGUCGUCAGGAGUCGUGGUUCGAGAAGCAGUUGACGGCGUCUAACGAGCGCGGAGCGAAGUGGCGUAUUAUCGGGAGUCAGCUUCGCUUUGCUCGUCUGGGACGGGAGACUAAUGGAGAGGUUACGUAUAACAUGGACUCUUGGGAGGGCUACCGCGCGAACCAAAACCGUACGCUGAAGCACCUGUACGAUAACAACAUCGGCAAUAACAUUAUGAUCGCGGGUGAUACACAUGUCAACUGGGUAAGCGAUAUUGCCUGGGUCGGCGAGAAGCCUUAUGACGGUAACACUGGCGUUGGUGCCAUCGGAGUCGAAUUUGCUGGCACAGCGGUGAGCAGCUCCGGGUUUGGGGGUACUAUCAACAGCGCCGAACAGACUGCUGCUUCUUACGCGCGCAAUGAGGAUCUACAAUGGAAUGAAGGCUACUACCGCGGGUACUUUGAGCUGCGGAUGAGACAGAACGAGAUGGAGGCGAGAUACUUUGGAUGUCCUACUGUGGCUACCCGGAAUAGUUGGGAAAUCCCUCUGGCCAACUUUACGGUCAAACAUGAUGAUAACCAUCUGGCUCGACCUAUUGCUGGUGGACAGGUGGAAGCGGGUUUUACCCAUCAGGGCGAGGUGAAGCACAGCAACCUUACACUUAACACGGAGACGGGCGAGUGGCAGGUUAUUGGGUUUGACCAGAUGUUUGUUAAAUAUCAGUAA